CUCUGGAGCGGCGAGUUUUGACAGACACCUGAUUGGCGCAGAAGGUGAGGGGCUCAUCGUUCCUGUGUGGGGCGCCGCGGCCCCACCCCACAUAGCUCGAGCCGCAUGGACAGGAGACUCCCGGCUUACGAAACGGCAGAAGGACACAAGUCCGCAGAGGCCAGCUGUUCUCCCGUGCAGCUGUCCCUCUCCUCGAGCGGCCCUCCGACGAGGGGCUCUGAUUGCUCCGCUGACACCCCCCUGUUCUGCACACAUGCUGAUCGGCUCGACUUGACUGAGAGGGGCGAGGGGUUUUGUCCUUUGCUGCACAUACCCAACCACUGCAUGAGCCCACACUGGGGAAACGAGGACGUAAGCGAGCGAACACAAGCGACCCUCAUCCAUACCUAUGAUAGAUACUCCAUCGUCAUUGUCUCUUCAGUCCACUGCUGGUGACCCCGGUAGUUCGUCCGCCUCAUCGGCAAGUUCGUCCUCUGCCUCUGCGGCCUUCCCUGCCGUGGCCGAGCUCGGGCAGUCAUCCCACUCCUCCCCUCACCUUAUCAGUCCCAAAGGCGCGGGCGUCAACAUACGGGAAGAUGACAGCCACCGUUCGGCCGGCGCUGAUGGGGAGGAUGGUUUCUACGCCAAGGCCAAGACCUUCGGGUCAGUCGAGGGGCUGAUAACCCACCGUGCGGCCACCAAGGGGAGGCUGACGACCUGGGCCGAUGAGGAGGACGCCAAGAGCCAGGCAACCAGUCUGUAUAUGGACGGGCAGACCACUCCUGAGCCCUACUACAAGGUAGGUAGGUAGGUAGGUAUUAUGGUGCAUAUGCACACGCUCUGGAGCAGCAAAUGUCUCGAGUGGUCUGUCUGCAUUAAUGUCUCUGACUCACUGCUGUGGCAGGUGGUGUGUCGGGAGAUCACUGAAAACGGUUUCGUGACGUUCUUCAUGACUCUGCUUACGCUUUUUGCCCUGUUUGGCAAAGACAUCUGGGCGGCAGCCGCAGAUGCGGUCGGUGGGCCAGUGUGGUGGCUGCAGGGAGACAGGGAGGAGAUGACUGUCCGACGUUGUGAAUGUGUGUGUAUGUGUGUGUAGGAACAUGACGACGAGUUCAACAUUUUGACCAUGUUGUGUCUAGUGCUGUUCACUGUCGAGAUGGUCCUCAUGUCCAUCGGCCAACAGGACUACCUUUUCGGCUUCUUCUUCUGCCUCGGUGUGUAGAGAGCACGGGGAAUAGAUAGAUGGAUGGAUGGGUGGAUUGCUGGGAUGGGACGCGCCAUGCCAUCUCUCGCUCUCCCUGCCCCCUUCAGAUGCCGUGUCCACAGCCUCCCUGAUUCUGGACCUCACGUGGAUCUCUGACGCCCUGCAAUCAGGAGAAUCGGUGGAGAGCGCAUCCGCGGCCAGGUAAGAAGGUCUGUGUCCAUUCAUCCAUCCAUCCAUCCAUCCAUUGAUCCAAAUGCACACAGGACGGGUCGCACAGCGCGUGCCGGCAGCCGCGCCGGCCGUGUGGUGCGGCUGUUCCGCCUCAUCCGCAUUGUCAAGCUCUACAAGGUCAUCAUAAUGCGCAUCGGAGGCGGCAGCCACCCCAGCCACCCCAACCACCCCCACACACAGGGCAAAGGACCCCACAAACCACACACGGUACUUACUUGCAAAGGGACACACACACACACACACACAGAGAGAGAGAGAGAGAGGGAGAGGGGGAGUGAUGGGUGUGGUGUGGUGUGGUGUGGUGUGGCGUGGUGUGCAGGGUGGAGGGAGGACGGCUCCCGGCGAGGAGCUGGACAUGGAGGUCGGCGAGCCCGAGUAUCCGAAGCCCGAGCAGGCAGACGAGGAAGAGGAGGAAGUCGGGGUGAGUUCGCACCGCACCCAGCUACAGUGGGUGUAUUUGCUUGUUUGUGCUGCCUGGCCUGCAUUGAUCCAUCCAUCCAUCCAUCCAUCUGUGGUGUGGAUGAACGCAGGAGGAGACACGUGUGGGCAAGAAGCUGUCAGAUCGGACGACGCGCCGAGUCAUUCUCAUCGUGCUGGCCAUGCUCUUUCUCUUGCCCCUCUUCUCACCGGUGAAUGACUGACGCAUGGCGCUGCAGACUGACUGACAGAGAGACAGAGAGACAGACUGACACACCUGCACUCACGGAUGCAUCCUAUCCUGUACGUGGGUGGUGUGUGACAUCCCUCUCUCUGCCAGGGCUUUUGGGACUCUGAGUAUCCGGCAUCUGUCUCGUUUGGCCUCACCACACUCGACCAGUGAGUGAGGAGGGUGCUGGGUGCCUCUCUCUCACUUUGCGUGCAUGUGAUGUGUGUCUUGCCCAUGCACCCAUCCUUGUAGGCUGUAUGCCGUCAAGGAGUCCUACCCCGGCAGCACCGCGCAAGAGGCCGAGUUCGCAUGGGAGGCCGGCGUGCUCUCGUACAUAUCCUACCACAGGGUGACCGAGCGGCCCCACCAGCCCAAGAUCCGGCAGCCCCGUGUGGUCCACAUCAUCUUGCCCGAAGCACUGUCGCUGAUCGACCCCAUUCCCGAGGAGCUGUCGCUCAGCGUCAAGAACAUGACUGAAAAAAUCGAGAUGUGGGACCUCAAUGUCGGCCGAGAGGUCCUGGAGCGACUGCAGCAGCCGGCCAUCGUCACUGAUGAAGGGGUCAUUCUCGACCCGGAUGUCGAAUCGCUCAGUAAGUCAGUCCUCACACGGCUGGCUGCAGGCAGGGAGACAGACAGAUCGAUUGAUUGAUUGAUUCAUGCAGGCGAGCUGCGGAAAAGUGAGCAGGAGCGGCUCAAGGGGGAGUGCCACACGGUGAGACGGCUGACGAGACAGACACCUUGACGUCCCUCCCUCCUGAUGGAUGGCUCCUGUCCUUGCUCAGGUGACCUUCGACCGCCGCCCUUUCACUCGUUUCGAGGCGAACCUUAGCAUCGCCCAGACGUGCUUCAUCUGCCUGGUGUGUUGACUGCUGGCCGAUUCCAUCCAAUCACUCACUUUGUACACUCCUCUCUGGUGCUGCAUGUGAUCAGGUGUUGAGUGUGGGAGCGAUGAUGUUCUCGUACGACGCCAACGAGCUGGUGCUCAAGCCGCUCGAGAAAAUGGUCAAGCGGGUCGAAAUAAUCCGGAAGAAUCCCCUCGAGGCGAUCCGUCUGGAGGAGGAGCUCCUGCAGCGGGAGGUGGACCUGCUGCGCAAGAAGUCGCAAGAGGAAAACGAUUACAUAAAGGAGACAAGACGGCUUCUCGACUACCUGUACGCAGCCAGCCAAGGGAGCGGAGCGCUCUCUCUCCUGCAAUCAUUCACAUGCCGCCUGCUGUCCUGCUGUUGAUUGUGUCUGUCUCUAUCUCUCUGUCGGUCAGGCUGUCGUGCUGCGGCUUGCGCAACAAGGAGGGGGUGGAGCCGCCGAUGGAGACCAUCAUACUCGAGAAGACACUCGUCAAAAUCGGAACUCUCAUGGCCCUCGGUGGGUGUCCGUCCAUACUUGCCUGCCGCUUCGCCUCUUUGCAAACCGAGCUGACAUCUGUUCUCGAUAUAUGCCAAUGGUGAUCAGGUUUUGGUGAGGCGGGAACGUUCAUCAUCGCCAAGAAUUUGGAGUCGACCGAGGGCGUCAACCCCAUGGUGCCGGGCCGCAAAGUCACGUGCAUCUUCGGCUUCUGCGACAUCCGAAACUUCACUGACGCCACCGAAAUACUGAGGGAGAAGGUCAGUCAGUCAAUUGCCCAGUGAGUGACCCUCCCGCGGCUGCACAUGAUUGCUGUGUGGUGUGUGUGUGGUAUCCUUUGUGUUUGUGUGCAGGUGAUGGUGUUCGUCAAUCAGAUUGCCGAGAUAGUGCACGGCGUGUGCGACGACUUCAGCGGGUCGGCCAACAAAAACAUCGGCGAUGCAUUCCUGCUGGUACGUAAGGAAAGGCUGGCUCGUAAGUGUGUGUGUUUCAUUUAAUCGUUUCCAUCCCUUCCUCUUUUAUGAGUAGGUGUGGAAGCUGCCCGAGCGGCACCCGUAUACGGGCAAGGAAGUGGCGUACCGCAUCCAGGACGACGGCGAGACCAAGGAGAUUACCGACACAGAGAUCAUCACCAAGACGGCCGACAUGGCCCUCAUGUCCUACCUCAAAAUCAUUGCCAACAUCAACAAGUCGCCCGUCAUCGCCGAGUACCGAAGACACGAGGGCCUCCUCGCAAGACUGGGCAAGCACUAUCGCGUCCGCAUGGGGUUUGGGCUGCACCAGGGGUGGGCUAUUGAGGGCGCCAUCGGCACCACCUACAAGAUCGACGCCUCAUACCUCAGUCCCAACGUCAAUCUGGCCUCUCGCCUCGAGGCAGCCACCAAGCAGUUCGGUGUGCCCAUCCUUGUCAGCGGUGGGAUGAUCGAGCUCCUCAGCAAGAGAUUCCAGGUAGCUAAUGAGAGGAGCAGAGAGACACGGAAAGAGAGGACUCAGGGCAUGAGGGCAUCGUGUGUCUGUGAGUGUGUAGGAUGAGUGUCGUCGCAUCGACCGGGUAACAGUGAAGGGGUCGAAGCAGCCGAUUGACCUCUGGACAGUCGACCUCCACCCAGAGGCUCUCGCGGUAUGCAGCAGACAGACAGACACCAACACCGCAACACCUACUGCCUGGUUCGGUUCGCUGGCUAUGUUCGUUGCUGUGUCGACUGACAGGUUGACGGGCCAAAGAGGCCCAAAGAUCACGAUGCCAAGAACCCUAAAGCCGCACAGGUGAGGUGGGCCUCAUGUUGGCUGACUGACAUUGCCGCCGUAAGGUCGAGAGAGAGACACGUCUUGGUGUUGGCUGGCGCGUGUAUGCGUCCGUCCAGGCAUACAAUGCGUACAAGAAGCUGCGCGCCGGCAAGCGCAAAGCCGCCCUCAAGCGGAGACUUUGGAACCCGGAAUUCGAAGUAUUUUUUGACAGACAGACGCGCAUUCGACAUGACGUGACACAAUACAAUGGAUGCGUUAUCUGUCUGUCGGGUCUGUCUGUCUCGGUCAUCCAUCCGUCCAUCAGGUUGCGUCUCUGUUUGAGUCCGAUUCUGACCUCAAGAAGAUGCGCGCACACUUACCGCCGGGCUUCCUGGACAGGUUCAGCGAGGGGUGGCUGGCGUACCACAGGGGCGACUGGGCCGACGCCAAAGACAUACUCACGAGGUAACACAGGCGGGCAGACAAACAGACAGACGGACGGACGGACGGACCCUCUCUCAUCUGAAUGUCGGUGUGUAAUUGAUUGACGCACAGCAUCAAGGAUUCCGUGGGUGCGACGGAGGACGGUCCGUGCACGGUGCUGCUCAACUACAUGGGGGAGAGGUCGUUCGUGGCGCCAGACGACUGGCAGGGCUACAGAGAACUCACCGAAAAGUAGACAGACCCCCGUCUGCUCUGCGGCCGGCCUCGAUCGAGGCGUGCGUGUGUUUGCUUACGUACGUACGGCUGUGUUGUGCGUCCUGCCUGCCACUGAGCUCUUUUUACUCAUACGUACGUACGUAGAUGCCGCAAAGCCAGCUAGCUUCGUUUCCUGUCUGCAGGUAGUGGUCGGCCAUUCGUGCCGCCGCUUGACUACGAUAUAUAAUAUACUGGACUCGAUAGAUAUACUGGACUCGUCCACGUGUGAGUGCAUGUAGCCAGCCAAUCACUCGCUCAGUGUAGGUUUUGCACGCGUGUCUGUCUGUCUGUCUGCCUGUGUGUGGGACGAGGGAAGGUUUGUGUAAGUACGUCCUGGACUGUGGUGGAUGGGGUGCAUGGCUGGCGCGCCAUGGCAUGAACGAACGAAUGAAUGGACGCGUCAAGUGCAGUGCAAUGGGA